UCCGCGUUCACGACCACAAUGGUCGUCAUUUCCGUUAUCUUAGACGCACAAUGGAAAUUUCUAUUAUUAUGGAAAUAAUAGAAAUUCGGUAACGAUAUGAAGAACGACAAGUCGCAGAUAAGCGAACGCUAAAUGACAGUAUCUCGAUUUUUAAACAAGUUUUACUUUCGCGACCGGUAUUAAUUAUUUUGUCAAAGAAGUUUAGUGUAUUUGUAAAAGAAAAAGUAUGUCAAAUUUUUUCUAUAUAGUGUUCUUUAUUUAAGUUUUGAAAAAAAUAUACAUAUUAUAUACACAUAUAUAUGUAUAAGUGAUAUAUACACGCCAACUGAGACUAAUCGAUAAAUUUUAAGUUCCAUCGUAUUGGUGCCCUCCAGGUAAAGUGUCAAUGUAACUUGCGGCAGCACUGCCGCCUCUCUUUAGUAAUUAACCAAACAAAAUGGACACCGAAAUAACGAUUAAGCGAAUACUCGUGCAAUUGUUUUAAGUGAAAUUUUCGAACAGGAUGGAAUCGCCGAUUGUUAAUAUAGAUGACUGAAAUUUCCAUAUAUAUAUAUGAAAAAAUACUUCAAUAAACGGUGAUUUUGGAUGUUACAUUAUUUUGGAUAAAAGAAAAAGAUUUGAUAUUAUUGAUUUCUGAAAUAUGCAUUUUUUUUAUGGACUUCCGGUUUUAUUCAAGUUAUAAUACAGGUAGAUAGAGAAAGAGAGAGAAUAAUAUAACUGCAUUGGUAUAAAGAGAAUCAUCAUCGUCGUCGUCGUCGUCGUCGUCGUUGUUGCUUGUGGUAUAAAAUAAUGACGCGUGUGUAUACUUUUCCUUCGUACAUGCAUCUAUAGGUGAAUGCACACACUUUGGAUUGGGAAUCACACAGAACGCGAUUGGUUAAUCAAGUAUCCUGCGGUUCAAUGCUGCUUUAUAAGGUUAAAGAAAGAAGAAUCAAUCAUCAUGGGUACGUUAUUGAUUAUAGAGAAGAAUAUUCGAUACUCUCUUAAGCCUGAGAUGGAGGCGAAGAGUCGUGCAGCAUAAAGACAUGGACUCGUACGAUCUGUUUGGAGAAGAUGUCAGUGGCUCAAUGCUCGAUGCUCUUCCUGAUCUUGGGGGGAACGAUCAUUUUGACCCGGCAGGUGCAAACAAUUCUGUCGUAGUGUCUAGAGAUGGUCCCAAUCCUGGUCCCAAUGGAGGUGGGAGUUACAUCAGUCAAUCUUAUAGUUUAACUCAAGAAUCUCCACUUCAAAAAUUAACUUCGUUCGGUGGAUCUGAAUUUGGUAGUAAUAAUCCCUUGCAAAAUCCCUCGCAACGUAGUAGUAUGUUUAAUCAAAAUAUUGGCACUUUUGACGGCGGCGCUCCACAACGAGCGAUGGUGCCAGGAGCAUUUCAAAAUCAAGCGCGUAGCUUAGCGCCCCAACAUAGAAGUCCCCAUCCCGGCACUGGGGGCCAAUACCCAACUUAUAGUGACAGUAUGUACUCAAUGGAGCAACAGCAUCCAAUGGCCAGAGCGAAUAUGAGCAUGGAUCCUGCCAUGCAAGGCUGGCCAGGAGCGGGAAACGCUUAUCCACAAAUGCAAAGGCAUUAUAACCAAAUGGCACCACAACCUGGUACUUAUAGACAACACAUUCCUCAAUAUCCCCAUCAGCAGGAUCAAAGUGGUAUUAAUCAGAAGAUGCAGCAGCAACAACAACAACAACAACAGCAGCAGCAGCACUUCUCCGCUCAGCAGGGAAUGAUCGGCAAUAUGGGUGUACCACAUCAAUCAAUGCAAACCAGCGCAGCUACUGGUGUUUAUCAACACAUGGUUGGUCAACAGCAACAACAACAGCAACAGCAGCAACAACACUAUCAGCAGAAUAAUCCCGCUGCCAUGUAUCAAGGUUCAGCUGGCUAUACCGGUUUUGGUGCCACCAUGCACCAACAACCUCAACAACCACAACAACAGGCGCAAAGAAUGCCUCAUCAUCUUCCGUCCCAUGCUCCACAUCAAACUCAUCCCUCUCAUCAGCAGUAUCCUCAACAUGCACCUCAACAUUCUGUCAAUCAACAACCACCAAUGGAUCCUCAAUAUCCCCAUCAUUCACCACAAAUGUUCAAUCAACCACAACACUCCGCACCUGGACCACAAUUUAAUGCCAAUAAACAUGGCACGAGUCCUCAAUAUCGAUCAUCAUUUCCCCAAUUAUCACCACAAAUGUCGCCUCGGCCACAAAUGUCGCCGAGACCACCUCCAGUUCAACAACAAAUGUCACCUAGGCCAAUUAUGUCUCCAGCUAAACCCAAUACACUUUCACCACAUCCACACGUACAAAUGCCACAUCAACAACAAGGACAACCUGGUCCGCUGUCAGUUUCGCCUUGUCCUCCAACAUCAAUGCCAAUGAAUCCAUCUGCCACAUCUCAACAAACAACACUUCAAGCCCUGGAACAAAUGGUUAUUCCCGUAGCCGUCUCGAAUCCCAACGUGCCAAGUCAGGAUUACGUACAGUUCCAGUCGCGACCACCAAUGUCGCAUCCAACAAACAUUCUACCCCAGCCACCUGCACAAAAUUCAAUGCCACCGGUGACUGGUCCCAGGAUGCCAAUGCCCCAAUCUUGGCCUCAUCCUCAACAAAUGUCACCAAUUAGGCCGAGUAUAAACGUUCCCGAUAAUCGACAAAUGAUGGAGUCACAGUCGCCUUCGACCUCCGAUCAAAACACCUCUCUCUAUCCCGUAAAUGGUAAUGACAGUAUUCACAAUGUUGUUGAACCAACAACAACAACGGCAACACCAACAGAACCAACGAAAAUCGCGCAAAGUUCAGUCGCACCCUCAGCGCCAGAGAAUAACGACACACCCGAUCAAACAACAAGUUCUGUUCAAAGUUCCGAAGUAUUGGCUCAACAAGGCGAAAGUCCAGCACCAUCAUCAAUAAAUCCAUCAAUUGAGCCAACACUCAAACCAACUCAUCUUGAGCCAGUCCAAUCAUUGCCUGUCUCAAGUACAAGUAGCAAUUUAGAAAGCCAAAAUGAUUCACCACAAUUACAACCACCGCAGCAAUCACCUGCUCCAAGUGUCGAAACACCAGACACUCAAAGCAGUGAACAAACUUCCGAAGUUGUAUCGCAAUUACAACCCCCACAACAACAAUAUCCAUUGGAUCCAUCUUCGCCCCAUGUUUCGCAAACAUCGCCUCAGCUACACAUGGAAUCUCAAAUCACUCAACAGGCAAUCAAUAAUCAACCUCAACAAUCGCAACAAAUCUCCCAAACACAGUCUCCAAUGAGCCAGCCAAUGACUCAACAAAUUGGUCAUUCACCGCAAAAUCAACCGAGUCAGUCUCAAAUAUCCCAAUCGCAAACCCAAGCUCCUCAAGUCAGCCAAUCUCAGCCACCGAUUUGCCAGACUCCGCAAAUCAGUCAAAGUCCACAAAGUUCGCAAUUAAAUCCAAGUACCCAAAUGAAUCCAAAUUCACAAAUGAAUCCAAAUCCGCAAAUGAAUACAAAUUCGCAAAUAAAUCCAAAUCAACAAAUGAAUCCAAAUUCGCAGAUGAAUACAAAUCCGCAAAUGAAUUCAAAUUCGCAAAUGAAUGUUCAGAUCAGUCAGACUCCGCAAAUAAAUCAAUCGCAAUCACCGCAAAUAAGUCAAUCGCAAAUUGCAACGCCAACUCAACCAAUGAGUCAAUCGCCUUUACCUUCGAUUCCUGUUCAAUCAACUCAACAACAAAUGGCGCCAAUGACACCGCCUCAACAAAUUGGUCCAUCGCCCCCUCAACCAGUAUUAGGUCAAUCGCCACAAAUGACCCCAACGCUUGGACAAUCUCAACCUCAUAUACCACAACAGGUGAAUAUGAUUUCACCUAAUAAUUCAAUUUCCCAUCAAAUACCAACUCAAUCUCCACAGAUUCCACCAAAUCCAUCAGUGGUUGCACCAUCACAAAUUCCAAAUCAAGGAACACAAGGACUUAUUCAACAGCAAUCAACAGCGCCACCACAUUCGGUUCAACCUGGUUUUGGUGAAUAUACAAAUAUUCAAAAACCAAAUAGCAUGUAUCAAAAUGAUAUGAUAGUUGGACAACAAUCAUAUCAUAGUGGUAAUGAGGUUGUUGGUAGUAGUGAAAUGCCAAAUGUUUAUGGAAUGCCACCAGGAACAACAACGACAACAACAACAUCAACGCCAGUUGCAACGGCCGCUGCAUUUAGUUCAUGUGCACCUGUGACACAUCAUCAGGAACGUGCUGCACUUCAACAACAAUUACAGGAACUUUAUUGUAUGCCAUCAGCACCUGAAAAUCAAGAGAAAAUUGUCAAUCUUCAGGAAAAAUUACAAGCACUACAACAACAUGAGACAAAUGAACAAUGCAAUGGUGGACCACAAUGUAUACUUCAAACACCGCUGUUCACUGCCGCUGCUGUUGUUGACAGUCCCCAGGUUUCGAGUACAACUGGUCGGGGUCGUAGCAAAGGAACGACAAGAGCAAAGAAAAGUCGAAAGAAAGCCGAUAAGGAAGCGGCAGCUCCCGUGACACCACAAACUCCACAAGCUGAACAACCAUUAUCUGAUAAUCUAGUCACUCAAGGAGACAGCAGUAAUGUUGUAGACAGUGCAGCUGAUUCUGAAGAUAUAAAACCAUCAUCGGGUGAUAUUGAAGAGGAAUGGAAUAAAACAAGAAAAUCAAGAUCGCCCCGUAAGCCACGAAAACCAAAAGAACCCAAGGAACCAAAAGAACCGAAACCGAAAAAAGAACCUAAACCACCUAAGGAGGCAAAGGCACCAAAAGAGGCGAAGGUUCGAAAGAAAAAGGAGAAGGAAGUCAAAGAGGGGAAUAAGCGAAGCAAAAAAAAAGCCGCAGUUCAAGCUGAAUCAACCGAUGAUAUUAAUGAAGACGUAACUGCUAGUGAUUCGACAGCAAUUCAAGAUUCCGAUAUAAAGUGUAGUAAUUCAUCGUUACAAGACGAUAACGAACAAGUUGAUUCAUCAACAAAGGAACCAUUGGUAUCGGAAUCAAAGGAUGAAAAUGAUGAAAAAGUCGAAUCUGGUGAUGCAGCUGAUGAGAAAAAAGAGGAAGAUAAAGAUACAGUCGCUGAAAGUGCAACACCAGCGAAGAAAAAAGUCACUAGCCGAAAACGACCAUCUGGUGGAAAAUCAACAGCUGGAAAAUCACCAAGAAGUUCAAAAAAACGAAAGAGUCGAAUUGCGCCCGAUUCAGAUGGUGAGGAAUUGGCAACAACACCACCACCAUCACCGGAAGCUGGCGAAGAUCUUAAUAAAAGAAGAUCAGCUAGAAACACACAUCGAAAAAAAUAUGUUGACGAUGUAAUGCUUCGUUUCUCCGAUGAUGAGGUUCCAUUGCAAGAUGCACAAUCAAAUAAGAAAAAUGAUUCUUCAGGACAAACGAAACCAACAGCAGUUAAGAAAGAUUCAAUCGAAGGCGGUGAAAUUGGACCCAAUAAACCAAAUUUUGUAUAUAUUAACACAACUGACGAGGACUCAAUGGUGGUGCAACAUUUUCUUGUAUGUCGUAUGGGUAGACGAGAAGUGAAACCAGCACCAGUAGUCGAAGUAAAGAAAGAAUCAGAAGAAGAUGAAAAAGAAAAAGAAAAGACUGAAGAAAAGACUGAGGAUGCAAAAUCAUCUGAAGUUGAUGAUAAGGAAGCGGAAGCUGAGACAGAAAGUACUGAGAAAGAAGAAACUAAAGAGGAAACAACAGAAAAGAAAGAAACAAAAGAAGAAAAGGAAAAGGAAGAAGAGAAUGAAGAGAAGGUUGAAACGACAAAGGAGGAUAAAAGUGACAAUGAAGAAGAAAAAGUUGAAGAGAAAAAGAAGGAUGAUGAAACUGUUGAGGAUGAUGAAACAAAAGGUAAAGAACUUGUUCCAACGACACCGAAAUCAUUAGACACGAGUGGUAGUGGCGAUUCUAAACCACAAUGGAUUGAAGUUGAAGAGUAUUUUGUAAAAUAUCGCAAUUUUUCGUAUCUUCAUUGUGAAUGGAGAACCGAGGAAGAACUCUACAAGGGUGACAAGAGAAUUCAAGCUAAAUUGAAGAGAUUCAAGCAAAAACUUCAACAGAAUACGAAUAUAUUUGAAAAUACUGAAGAUGAUCCAUUUAAUCCGGACUUUGUUGAAGUAGACAGAGUAUUGGACGAAGCAACACAUACUGAUCCAACGACAGGAGAAACAGUUAGACAUUUUUUGGUAAAAUGGCGUUCACUUCAAUAUGAGGAUUCAACAUGGGAACUUGAGGAGGAUGUUGAUCCUGAAAAAAUUGCCAUCUUUCAUAGAUUUAAUAAAGUUCCACCAAAAGAUCAGUGGAAGCCGAAGAAAAAACCAACAGCGGCUGCUUGGGAAAAAUUGGAGAAGUCUCCAAUUUAUAAAGGUAACAAUAGUUUGAGACCCUAUCAAUUGGAGGGUUUAAAUUGGUUACUUUUCUCAUGGUACAAUGGACACAAUUGUAUUCUUGCUGAUGAAAUGGGUCUUGGUAAAACAAUUCAAUCAUUGACAUUUGUUGACGCUGUCUAUAAAUAUGGAAUUCGUGGUCCAUUCUUGAUAAUUGCUCCUUUAUCAACUAUUCCAAAUUGGCAGAGGGAAUUUGAAGGAUGGACGGACAUGAAUGUCGUCGUUUAUCACGGAUCAGCUGCAAGUCGCACAAUGCUCCAAGAAUACGAAGUUUAUUAUAAAAAUGAUAAGAAACAACAAAUCAAAGACUUGAUAAAGUUUAAUGUUCUAAUAACAACAUUUGAAAUAAUAAUAACCGAUUUUAAUGAAUUAAAAGGUUAUAAUUGGCGACUAUGUGUUAUUGAUGAGGCGCAUAGAUUAAAAAAUCGUAAUUGUAAAUUACUCGAAGGAUUAAGACAAUUGAAUCUCGAGCAUAGAGUACUACUCUCAGGUACACCAUUACAAAAUAAUGUCAAUGAAUUAUUCUCGUUGCUCAAUUUUCUAGAACCAAUACAAUUUGCAAGUAGUGAAGCAUUUCUUAAAGAAUUUGGUAAUUUAAGUAGUGAAGUUGAAGUACAAAAAUUACAACUUCUAUUAAAGCCAAUGAUGUUGCGUCGUUUAAAAGAAGAUGUUGAAAAAUCACUUGCACCAAAAGAAGAAACUGUCGUUGAGGUUGAAUUAACAAAUAUUCAAAAGAAAUAUUAUCGUGGUAUAUUGGAGAAGAAUUUUUCAUUUCUCGCUAAAGGUACAACAUCAGCGAAUAUACCAAAUUUAAUGAAUACAAUGAUGGAAUUAAGAAAAUGUUGUAUACAUCCAUUUUUACUUAAUGGUGCUGAGGAUCAAAUUCAAUUGGAUUAUAAACAUGAGAAAGAAGAUAGUGAGGCUUAUUAUCAAGCAUUGGUUAAUAGUUCAGGAAAAAUGGUGCUUAUUGAUAAAUUAUUACCAAAAUUGAAGGCGAGCGGUCAUAGAGUACUAAUAUUUAGUCAAAUGGUCAAAUGCUUGGAUCUUUUGGAGGAUUAUCUCGUUUAUAAAAAAUAUCCAUAUGAGAGGAUUGAUGGACGAAUUCGAGGGAAUUUAAGACAAGCAGCUAUUGAUCGUUACAGUAAACCGGAUUCGGAUAGAUUUGUCUUUUUGCUUUGUACAAAAGCAGGAGGUUUGGGAAUUAAUCUCACAGCAGCUGACACUGUCAUUAUUUACGACAGCGAUUGGAAUCCACAAAAUGAUUUACAGGCUCAGGCGCGUUGUCAUCGAAUUGGACAACAAAAAAUGGUGAAAGUUUAUCGUCUACUUUGUCGUAAUACAUAUGAACGUGAAAUGUUUGAUAAAGCCUCAUUGAAAUUGGGAUUGGAUAAAGCAAUUCUUCAAUCAAUGAAUACAACGCAAGGUGGAAAGGAUCCAAAUAAUAAGCAAUUGACAAAAAAAGAAAUUGAAGAUCUAUUAAAAAAAGGUGCAUAUGGAGCAAUAAUGGACGAUGAUAAUGCUGGUGAUAAAUUUUGCGAGGAGGAUAUUGAUAUUAUUUUAGAAAGACGUACACAAGUUAUAACAAUUGAAGCCGAGAAGGGUUCAACAUUUUCAAAAGCAAGUUUUGCUUGUUCUUCAAAUAGAUCCGAUAUUAAUGUUGAUGAUCCUGAUUUUUGGAAAAAAUGGGCAAAAAAAGCGGAAAUUGAUACAACUGAAAAGAAAGAGGAAGAUGAACUUGUUAUAUCGGAGCCAAGACGUAGGACACAAAUUAAACGCUACGGUCAUGAUGAAUCGGUUGUUGAUAUGUCGGAACUUGAUAGUUCUGAAGAUAACAGUGACGAUGAAUUAGGCGGUGGUCUAACUGGUAGAGGAAAGAAACGACGUGACAAAUUUAAUAAGAAAAGUCGCAAAUUCUACGACGAAUAUGUACCACGUGAAGGUGAAGUUGUCUAUGGAAGUUGGGCGCGUAGUGAAUGUUUCAAAGUUGAAAGGGGACUAUUAACAUUUGGUUGGGGUAGAUGGGAUGAAAUUUUACAACACAGUCAAUUUCGACGUGGAUGGCGUGAAAUUGACGUUGAAGAUUGCGCUCGCGUUAUUCUUCUCUAUUGUUUACGUUAUUAUCGUGGCGAUGAGAAAAUUCGUAAUUUUAUUUGGGAUUUAAUAACUCCUAUUGAAAAUGGUGAGAAAAUUAAAACAAUGCCUGCAAAUUCGCCCGGAAGAAAUAGUAGACAAAAGAAAAAGUCACGUGUUCGUGAGGGUCGUGAAACACGUGGUGCUAUUGUCAAUGGUGGACCAAGUGAUCCAAAUCAUUGGAGUAAUGCCGAGAAAUAUGAUGGUGACAUUUUCCUCGAGAGCAAUUAUAAAAAACACUUGAGUCGUCAUGCAAAUAAAGUAUUGUUACGAGUGAGAAUGUUGUAUUAUAUCAAGCACGAGAUUAUUGGUGAUCUUGUUCAACAUAUUUCUGACGGCGUUCACGUAAGUGCGUUGCGGAUGAAUACUCCACAAUUGGCAGACCGACCAACCAAAUGGUGGGAUUCAACGGCAGACAAAUCAUUAAUCGUAGGAUGCUACAAACAUGGCUAUGAGAGUUACGACCAGAUGAGGGCCGAUCCUACGCUUUCUUUCAUUUCAAGCUGUCCUCUCCCCUCCCCAAGACAGACAACUCAAAAUAAAGAGGAAAGCAGUUUAGAAACAGAAAUUGAAGAAGGUGAAUCUUCCGGUAUAAUUAAGGAUAGUAAAGAUUUGGAUAAAUUUGGAAGAGUUACACCAGCUGAUUCUCCAGCUAUUUCAAGCAAGGCUGAUACACCAAUUCCAGAAGCUGGAAGUAGUCAUGAUACUAAUGAAGCAACUCUUAUGGAAGAUGAAAAAAAUUGGCCAUCAGUUGUCGAUCUCAAUACACGUUUACGUCGUGUUAUCACUUCUUAUCAACGAAAUGUUAAAAAAGAAGACGUAAAAACGUUUCCUAAGGGAAAAGUUGGCGAAACAGGAGGGGGAGGAGAGACGAGCAAUCAUCAAGGAACGAUGAUUGAACCUCCUUUAAAUAUGCAAGGAUGGGAUUUACAACAACUUGCCAUGUAUUUAUUGAAAAUGGAAAGGAGAGAAAAAAUGGAAGCUAUGGUGAAGGAAAGAGAACGAACACGUAUUGAGGAGCAAAAAGCUAAGUGGACCCGCCGUGAAGAAAGUGAAUUUUUACGUGUUAUUUCUACAUACGGUGUAAAUUAUGAUCGAAAAAAGGCUCAGUACGAUUGGACAAAAUUCAAAAGUAUUGCUAGAUUUGACAAAAAGACGGACAAUGAUCUCACUGACUAUUACAUGUCUUUUAGAGCAAUGUGCAAAAAAGUUUGCAGCUCAAAGACCAACGAUGAUGAAGAUACAACAGAAGGAUCAGUGGAGUAUUUAAGUCCCAGUAAGGCGCGACAAAUUUUAGAUCGUGUUGAUCUUUUGAGUAAAAUUCGCGAAGAUAUUUUAUCACAUCCACAUUUGGAGGAACGACUUUUACUUUGUCAACCAUCGGCCGAUACACCUGAAUGGUGGCAUGUGGGCAAACAUGAUAAAGAACUUCUUCUUGGAGCAGCAAAACAUGGAUUGGGUCGAACUGACAUAACAAUAUUGAACGAUCCUGAUUUUUCAUUUCAUAAAAUUCUUGGCAAAAGUAUUUACAACAGUGUUCAGGCAGCAAAAAAUCUUGAAAAAGUCGAAAAGGCAAUUAAAUUAGAAAAUAGAGACGAUAUUCUCAAAUUUGACAAAGAUGAAAUUCUCGUUAAAUUAGAAAAAGGUGAAGGUACAUUAAAAAUUGAAAAAGUUGGCAUUAAGAAGGAUAAAGAUACACAGGCAACAGAAAAGAAACCCGAAGUUUUAAAUAGUGAUAAAGGACAAGUUGAAAUGACUCUCGUUAAAUCGGAAACAUUCGCCGAGAGUAAAUUAGAAAACAUUGCUGCUAAUAACGGUUUGACUAUCACUACUGUAAAGGCAAAAUCACCCGAGAAGGAAAUUUCAAAAGAUGAGAAAUCUGAAAUUGAAAAAACAGUUACAGAACCCGUUAAAGAAGAAGAUGAAGAGCAAAAAGAAAAACCUUCUGAAGAAAUGGAAGUUUCUCCACCAAUCGAUAAGGAAAAUCAAGAAGAAAGUGAGAAAAAGUCUAAAGAUGAAGAUGUUGAGAAAACACCCGAGGUUGCUGAAAAACUGGAAACUAAAGAAGAAGAAGAAACAAUCACUGAAAAAGAAGAGAAUAAAAGCGAAACAAAUGAUGAAAAAGAAAAGAAAGAAAAUGAACAGGAAGUUGAAAAAUCCUCUGUAGUUGAUAUGGAAAUCUCCAAAGAUGAAGCGACAGAAAAGGAGAAAGAGAAUGAGGAAGAGAAAGAGAAAGAAGAAGUGAAAGAACAGGAGGAAAUAACAGAAGAAAAGAUAAAACUCGAAACAUCCGAAGAGACCCAAAAAGAGAAAUCCGAAGAAGUUACAAAGAAAACUGAAGAAGAAGAAAAAGGAAAAGAAGGAAAACCCGAGGAAGAAAAAACAGAAGAAAGAAAAGUAGAAGAAGAAGAAGUAAAGGAAGAAGAAACAAAAACCGAAGAGCAAAAAGAAGUUGAACCCUCCAAGGACCCAAAAGUCGAAGACAAAUGCAGCGUUCAAGCAGCCGAAUUAAAGGCAAUGUUCCCCGAUUUAGAAGUAAUACAACCACUCUCAAGAUUAACGCAAAUUGACACAUUUGUUCUUCGCGACAAAGCAAUUGAUUACAAUGAACCAACAGUUGCUCAACUAUUAGCUCACAGUUAUCAAUCGUCAAUAAAAUGGCCCAAGGAGCAUGCAAUCGAAGCACGUUUACGUCACAUUGUACAUGCCGUCGAUCAAAAAGAAUGGCCAGUCACUGUCAAUUACACUGCCGGCGAUGAAAAUGAACCAACUGCCAAUGAGAAAAUUGAUUCCGAUGUUAUAACAAUAACCACCGAUCAUGGAAUAUCAAGAUCGCUUGCUGCCGUUAAUAAUAUUGCAGCAGCAGCAGCGGCGGCUAAAAAACGUAAACGACACAUUGCCAUUGACGUGGAAACAGAACGUGCCAAAUUACAUGCACUUUUAAAUAGCAGUCAUAUGACAUCACAACCACCUGUACCACUCACAAAGCCACCAAUUCUUUCCGCUCAAAAUUGGGAAACAAACGAUGAAUCACAAUCGGAAGAAUCGCGUCGAUCAACACCCGUUCAACCACCACCGGCUCAUCAACAAACAAGAACUCCCGCCAUACCAUUUGAUUUGAAAUACACCCUCCCUGGGAAAACAACAGUCAUUCCCGGUACUUCGAGUACUCUAACUCCAAUUGAUCUUUCCGCUGGCUAUCCUAAACCAACAACGGAAACAAGUAAAGAUAUGAUGAACGAAGUUCAGGACUUUUCGAUGCCAAACAAAGUCAAACAGAUCAGUAGCAAUAAGGGCAAAUUGGACAGUAUGUUAGACAAAUUAAUGAAACGAAAGAAUUGCCCAACUGAUGAGCCAAUUGUUGGUAAGGAGAAGAAACGAAGAAAAUUGGAUGAAAUAGUUUUAGGCUUAAGCGCAGCGAAGGAACAACAAAGUACUCAUUAUCCGGAACAUGGAAAGAAAAGUACAAUAACACCAAAUGUCACAGUUACACCAACAUCGGCACCAAUUGGUCUUCCCAAUCCACCAACGCCUCUAUCACAAAAACCAUUUUCCAUUACUGUGACAUCAAUUCCAUCAUCGCGUGCAUCAUCAUCAACAUCAAAUGUACCACCACCUGCGAUACAUUCUCACAAGGAUAAUUUCUCUGCUCUUUUUGCACAAGCUGAACAACAAAAUCGUGAACUUGCUAAAAAACAUCAACAUCAACAACAACAGCAGCAACAACAACAACAUGCUUAUAAUUCCGUUCACGCCUCACCAUCAUCAUCUUCAUCGUCGAGUCAUCGGAAAAAUUACGAAGCAAUGAUUGCCGAUAUUCACAAAGUCGCUGAAUAUUCAUCUAAAGUUGGUUCCUAUUCACAUGAGGCAAAAGUCAAUAAAUGGCUCGCUGAACAAACAGCAAUGUCGGAACAAUUAAAUGCUGAAUAUUUAAAUGCACCGCGACGACGAAGACCGCGCGUUGAUCCAUCGGCAUUAAAUUGGAAAAAUUUAACAGGAGAGGAAAAUGUCGCAGUCAUCAAUCGAUUAACUGGAAAAAAGGUAACAGGAAGUAAAGCUCCGCAAUUAAAACGUUUAGGCCAGUGGUUAAUGGAGAAUCCAAUGUUUGAUGUUGAUCCAAAAUGGGCUGAGCUUGUUAAAGAACGUGGUAAUCUUCCUCAUGAUCUUCAAAAACGUUUACCAGGUUCAGAGAGAAAUGGUGGCAACAAAGGAAAAAGUCCAGGACGACCACCAAUGAUGCCAAGUCCAACUGGACAACAAUCAAUGAAUCCUGCAAAUUUAGCCGCAACAUCAAUGGCAUCGAGUCUCAAUUUUCCAUCAUUGUCAAAUAUCAAUAGUUCAAUUCUCUCGGGUCUCUCGCUUGGUAAUUUUGAUCCUAAGAAUAAUCCACUAUUGAUUCCAUUCGGUGGUUUACCAAAUCUUGGUGCACUCGGCGGAUUAGGAAAUCUAGGCAGUUUGAGUAAUAUGAGUUUGACGAAUUCCCUAUUUGCAAAUCUUGCCGGUCUUGGUUUACCAUCACUCGCCGGUAUGGAAGCAGCGUUAGGUGCAACUGCAACCAGCACUGCUGAUACAAAUGUCGUUACAUCGGCAAGUAGUCAAAAAUUAUCAACAAGUACAAGUAGUUCAAGUAAAUCACGUACUAAAAUGGAACCACCGACUAGUAAAUCAUCAGCACCAUCGACAUCAACAUCAUCGACACUACCAACAACAGCGCCAUUUCCCUUCUUUUUCACAAAUCCCAGCCUUUUAUAUACACCACUUGGUCUCGGUGGUUUAGGUCCCGGUGGUCUUGGUCCAUUUUCCAUGCAACCAGGUAGUGUUUCAUCAACCUAUGAAAGUCUCGCACAAUGCGGUUUGCUCAAUACACCAACAUCGAGUGCCUCAACAUCAUCGUCAACGCGUAAAUCAACAUCUGCUUCAUCGAGUUCAAGACGCGAUAUCGAACAAAUAAAACGCAAGGAACCCGAAAAGAAACCACGUUAUCCAACCGAUGGCACGAGUUUACAACAAUUUGUCGAAAAUGCCCAACAGGAAGAGCGUAAACGUAUAGAGGCACAAGAAAAACGUGAAGCAAUCGAAUUAGCUGAAAUUGCCGAUCUUUCAGCGCGCAUUGAACGUAAAACAAAAGAACAAGAAAUGAAAGAGGCCCUCGAACAAUUGAGUCGAACAAGCGCUGAAUUAUUGACACGUAAUUUAGAUGAACGUCCAUCGUCAAAGAGAGCUCGUGAUGCACCUCUCUUGGAACAACCACAAAUUCCCUCUUCAUUACAAGUGACACUCGAACCAGUUGGUAAAAAAAUGAAAACAGAAACAAAAGUUGAAAUCAAAGUCACCGAACCAAAAAGUGUGGAAAAAAGUGUCGAGGCAAAAAUUGAUUUAAAACCAGAAGAAAAGGAAGAAAUUGAAAAAAGUGUUUCGCCACCACCACCAUCUGCACCGAUUAUAGAACCACCAACAAUUGCAACAACUGUUGAUCAAAAACCCGAGGAUGAUAUUCCACCUCCUCCUUCUACUCCUCUUCCACUUCCUCAAGAAGAGAUUAAAGAAAGUCCCCCUCCAAAGAGUUCGACUUCUUCAGUAAAAGAAGAUUCCGAUCAACAAUCGGAAACAGUAACUCCAAAAACUCCAGUAACUGAAAAAAGCGCUCAAGAUGAAGAAGAGACAAAAUGUCCAAAAACAAAAAAAUCCCGCGGUGGUAAACGAUUAAAUAUUGAACCACCGCCUGAGAGAAAAAAUUUACGUUCAAGUGCUGGUCGACAAGCAAGAGCCGCUGCUGAACGACAAGCACGCAUGGAAGGUGAACAACAACAACAAGCUGAACAUCCAGAAACUCAUAGUUCGGUUGAGUGAGGACACGAGUUUUCGAAAAUAACAAAAAUAGUGACAAAAAAUAGUGAUGAUUAUAAAAACGCGAGUGCACAACGUAAAACAAUUGUUCCGCCCAAAAAAAAAACUACUAGAAAAGUUAUUGAUAAAGUGACGUGUCGACGUUCGACCCGAUCAUCGAGAAAAUAAGAGAAGAACUCUAGAAAAAAAAAAAAAAAAUGAAAACUUAAUUCUUAAUAGUGAAAUUAGUGCACACACAUUGCAGGAACGAAUCUACAAUUUUUCGAUAGAAUUAAGAGUAAAUGAAAAAUAAACGUGAUAAGUCAUGCAACGUAAAGUAAUAAAAUACGAUAUAUAUCGUAUUUGCAUGAUGAUGAUCUUAAUUACAUUAACGUAAUUUUUUUUCUUUUUUUUUUUUUUUGUUAAACUAUCUCUUCAUUUUUCCAACGCAUUUGAUUUCGAUCAAGGACUGUUUUAUAUAACUGCGCUAUUAUUAUUAUAAUAAUAUUAACAAUUAUAUAUAUAAAUAUUAUAAAUAUAUCGCAUAAUACAUGUAAUAGUGCGAAAAACGUAUAAUUAACUUAAAUAAACGAAAGUGUAAAUAUUUUACGAUCCGCCUAGAUUUAAUUAAGUAAACAGACAAAAAAAGAAAGCAGAAAAAAAAAUUGUGUACUUGGAAAAAGUGUAUAUAAUGCAGUGUACUUUUAAUUAUUAUUAUUAUUAUUAUUCUUAUUAGGUAAAAAUAAUAAACGGCUUCUUUUGUUGUUUGCAAGUGAUUUUCGUUACUAUUUUUCUGUUUAAAAGCUUGAGUUCUUUUUUUUUUUUUACUAUGUUCGGGGAGAAAAAAAAAUUAUUCAAGUAUGUGACGAAAACAAAGGCUGCUUGGGAGUGAAAAAUUUUUCUUUGAUAAAUUUUACAAUAUUCCUUUCAAUCAGUCCAAUAAAUAAUUGUAUUUAAUUUCGAUCAAUUUCAAUUUAAGAUUAUAUUAUAAUUGACAGAUCAAUUUUUAGUUUACCCCCAUCAAAAAAAAAAUUAUAUUUAAAUCGAUUUUAUUUUUCUUAUUUGCGAAAAAAAAAGAAAUGACAAAAAGACAAGAUUUUUUUUCCUCGAGCAGCUUUGUCAAAUCAAAAAAAUUAAAAAUAAAAAAAAAAUAAUGGAGAAAAAAGAAUAUUUCUCUUUGAAAGAUUUGAAAUUUUUGCUGUAACUUUUCAGAACCUUUCAAAAAAAAAAAAAAAAAUGUAUUAUUGUGUCAAUUUUACAUGUACGCUUCUGUUUACAAAAAAAAAAGAAAUUUCAAUGAUGCGCUUGGCUGUGUUUUGAAUUUCAUCAUUUUCGAUUCAAUAUUUAAAAAAAAAAAAAAAAAAUAUUAUAUAAAAGUUUUCGGUUGUGAUUUAAGUCUGUUUUUAUUGUCAAUAAAUAUCGAUGAAAAAGAAUGAAAAGAAAAAAAGGAAAAAAAAAAUUGUAAUUAAUUUUUAGACAAUUCAAACUGAAAAUAACGAAAUGCAAUAGGUGUAAUUAAAAAGUGACGAAAAUGUAACUUUCUGAAAUUUGUAGUGUUCUGAAAAACGUGAAUUUCUUAAAAAUAAAAAUAAUUACAAGUUCCA